AAUCUCUAUUUAAUACCCGGCAUUCAGUUGAGGUUAUGCAAAAGACAAUAAACACCUCGAUGUUCUCUUAAUCUUUCAAAAGAAUUAAAAGAAAAGUGAAAAGUGUAGAGUGAAUCUAGAGGAUGGGAGACCUGGAGCAACAGAUCGAGGAGAGGAUCGCCCAGAAUGAGGCGAAUAAACAAUCUCUUAUAAUAUUUGGCAGAGACGUGACAAAAAUUCCAUGCUUUAAACAAAGUUUUUUCAAUGGAAUUCUCAGUGGAGUUGGUGUUGGAAUAAUUACCUUCAUGUUCACGAGUAAACCUCGACUUGCUAGUCAUUGGAUGGUUGGUUCCUUUGGAGGUGUCACCAUAACUUUUUACUGCGUCUGCAGAUAUCAAUAUGCAAAGGAACAAAUAGUCAUCAGUCGGAUGAAGGGACUGAUGCAGGAGGCGAUGAUCACUGAGGGAGUAGAACACGAGGAAAAACUGAAGGAGGUUAUCAAACUUGCUGAGGCUUAGAGACCUAGAAUAUUCGCUAUUGUAAAGAUGAAAUAGUUUUAAGGAAUCAUGGGUUCUGUGAGGGCCCAGAAUUUUAUUGUACCUGUAAUUAAAUACAUGAAUAAAUUAAAUUAAAUUAUUCA